AUAUUUUUUAUUUUCGCAUAUCUUGUUACGUAAUUUAGCUUAAGUUAAAUCUAGGUUAAUAUUCAUGCUCUUCACAUAAAUCAACUUUUCCUUUGUCUGACUAUAAUUAGCACAAAGUGUAUGUUAUUACAUUUGAUGUACCGCUGAAAAUUCUGUGCUUUGCGUGCAACACUAAAUGUGCCGAGCAAUUCUUUACGUAAUGAAAUGUCCCUUGCGUUUUACAGAUGACAGAAACAGACGCAUUCAUUAGUGAGACCUUGUCGAAUACUCGUGAACAGUCGAAUCUUUAUUCUGUUGGGUGUUUUCAUAAUGUACCAAACUUAGCAGAAAUUUGUUAUUCUGAUCAAAAAUAUUCACUAAUGUUUAAAAAUAUCUAAUUGGAGCUAAGUUGAAACUAAGUUACGCCAAGUUGAACUAAGCGAAGCUUUGUGUCACAAGUGGAUAGUGUUCUCAGUAUAAAUCUUGUAAAAUGGACACAUCAUUUGUCGAGGGCGAGACACGUGUACUGCAAUGGCAGGAUUAUCUCAUUAUCACUGGAGUCAUGUCGGUCUCCAUCUUCAUCGGAAUUUACUAUCGGUUCAGCGGUGGUCGACAACGUACAGCAGCGGAGUACUUCUCUGCAGACAACUCGAUGGGAAUCUUUCCUCUUGCGGUUGCCAUGAUGGCUUCCCAAAUAUCAGCAGUUAGCAUGCUUGGGAUGAGCGGGGAAACUUACAUUCGUGGUUCGACCAUUGUAUUUUUGUAUAUCUGCAGCAUUUUUGUCAUUCCAAUUAUAAGUUUCUGUCAUCUACCAGUUUUCUUCGAGAUAAAGGUCGUAAGCAUCUACGAGUACCUAGAGAAACGAUUCGGAUUGUAUAUGCGGCUGUUGGUGAGCGCGGCUAACUUUACCGAGACGAUGUUACUGACUGGUGUGAUGCUGUACGCUCCUUCAUUAGCUCUCGAAGCUACCACAGGCCUAUCCAGUACCAUGAGUAUUUUGAUACUCGCCAUAAUCUGUACCUUCUACUCCACGAUAGGCGGCAUCAAAGCGGUUCUGGUUACCGAUAUUUUCCAGGGUUUUCUGAUGUUCAUUGCUCUCGGUACUAUCAUUGGCAUUAUUGCCAUGAACAUUGACGAUGGAAUCAUUGGCAUCUGGCGUAUCGCACAAGAAGAUAAUCGUCUCGAUUUUUCUAAUUGGAGUUUAGAUCCAACCAUACAAUACACAUGCUGGAGUACUUUACUUGGUGGAGCAGCAAUAUUUCUAUCCUUCUUUGCAGUGAAUCAAGUGCAGAUUCAACGUUUAAUGACCACUAAGAAACUAAAAGUGGCUAGACAAGCCCUAUUGUGGUGCACUCCUUUGAUAGUACUAAUAGGAGUUUUGACGUGUUUCGCCGGACUGUCAAUCUACGCGGUCUAUAGAAACUGCGAUCCUGUUGCUUCCGGCAAGAUAAACACCUACGACAAAAUAUUGCCGUACUUCUCCGCAGAGAGGUUGACACCCGGAGUGGUCGGCAUUAUCGUCUCCGGCAUUUUCAGCGCUAGUCUGAGCACAAUCUCCGCCAUGAUGAAUUCAUUAGCCGCGGUAGCGCUCGAGGAUUACGUGAAACCACUGCAUCGAAAAUUCGGAGCAGAUUUUUCUGACCAGAAGGCCACCUUCACAGCCAAGGCGCUCACCCUUAUAAACGGUGUCAUUUGCUUGUUCUUGGCGUUAAUAGCAAAGACAAUGGGCACGCUAGUAGUCAUCGCUAUCAGCAUACACGGAGCCAUUGGCGGACCGAUUUUAGGCAUCUUUACUCUCGGAAUGUUUAGUGAGACCGCUAAUGAGCUGGGAACCAUCAUUGGCAUGAUUACGGCACUAGUUGUUUGCUUGUGGGCUGCUUUCGGAAAACCGAAACCACCCAUUCCAUCAUUGCCAGUAUCGAUCGAAGGUUGCGCGAAUUCUACAAUGUUAAUGCUUGCUGAUCAAGUUAGUUCCAACAGUACUCUCCAACCAGAUCCAUCGUCAUACUUUUAUUUGUAUCGUAUAUCCUACUUGUGGUAUAAUCCCAUAGGACUGACAAUUACUUUAGUAGUUGGAUAUGUGGCAAGCCUUGUAGUACGAGUUAUCCAACGCAAAACCAAUAUCGAACACGAUCCAAGUUUGUUUGUGCCAUUUCUGGCCGCUAGGAUCAGACGGCGACGCCAAGACGCGGAGAAAACCACGAACAGUCAGCUUUUUGUUUUAGAACCCUAUGUAAGAUGAUGCUUUCUCGAUUAAAUAACAUAAAUAAUCAGUUUUAAAGUACAUAUUAUUAUCUCAAAUUUUUCAACUUAAUUGAUUGGAUGUUUAUUUAGUACUUGAUAGAAUAAGAAUAAGUAAAUUGUAAAAUUAAAUUAAGUUAUAAUAUAAAAACUGAUUUUUAUUAAAGAUUAAUAUUAUUAUUAGAUUAAUAAAAUUAAUUUAAUAAGUAUUUACAUGUACAUGAUUAUCACAAUAUUGUUAAUAGUUGAUUGAUCAUAAACAUACUAUCAUACAUUAAAUCAUAUUCUCUCUCUUACAUAUGUAAGGUUAUUUAUAUUAUUAUAGUAUAUAUUAUUAUAUAUAAUAUAUAUUAUCAUGAUAAAACUAUAACUUUUUUUAUCACAUAAAAUAAAAAGAAUGCUGUAUGAUAUUCCUUAUAUAACACUCAUUUUUUGAUACAUGUACAAACAUAUUGAAAAUAAAAUUAUCGUUUGCAUGAUGA